CAAUUGAUGAACGAAUAACGAAUUCACCACGGAAUAAUAGUUAUAGCAAAGAAGAUAAUUAGCUUAUCCUUAUCCUGUUCAUAAUCAUUUGAAUUACAUAUAAUUCGUUCAUGAGUUUACACAUCUCUAACAGUAUAUUUUGUCACUCUAUCUGCCUCUAUCCUUCGGUAGGGUGACGUGAUGUGAUCUUAAAAUCCUUGAUCUUAACCCUACUUUUAACUUCACGUCACAUUAUGAUUUUGAUUUGUUUGUGGAUGAUCUGUUUGUAGAUUAACGGACAAUCCCUCUCCAGUAAAAUUUCGAUAUGAAAAAUAAAAUUGUAGGUCAAGAUGGUAAAAGUUCAUUUAAUUGGCUUGAGUGUAUGUGGCUGCGUUUGUGUACUGAAAAAAUAAAACCGGAGUUCACGUAGAUUGUUUAAAAUUUGGUUUAAUUUUCAAACAUUUGAAACAAUGAAUUAUAUUUUACUGGGUUUUUCAUUUUUGACUUCAACAAUCAUACUAGGAAGUAGCCUACUAAAUACAUUGGAAAGUAAAUUGCCCAUUUUUUUUGUGGAAAACUUUAGAUAUGGAAAAUUCGGCGUGAAAAACAAAGUGUCAAAGAUCGUAGUUAAAGUUCCUAAAUCAUGGUUCAAACAUUUCUAUAUGUUUGCCAUUUACUUUUUUCCAUACAUAUUCUAUUUGGUAACGAGUACUUAUAUGUUUAACAGUGAUGUACCAAAGUGGUUCAUACAACUUCUAAAUAUAACGUGUGGUGAAGAUAGAGUGGCAACUACUUCCGCUACAAAAACAUAUAUAGCAUUAACCUUACUAACGCUGCAAGUGUUUCGAAGAUUUUAUGACACCCAUUAUGUAUCUGUAUUUGGAAAACAUGGUGAAAUGUGCCUUUCGCAUUAUCUGGUGGGCCUUUACCAUUACCCAGGUUGUGUGCUGGCUAUACUUUGUGAAGCUCCAAAAUUUGCAAACAUUUUAUUUCUCUCGGCAGAAACUUUCAACGUAGCCGAUAUUUCUAAAUUAGAUAUUGCUGUCAUUAUUGUAUUUAUGUGGGCUUGGUGGCAUCAACAUCUUGCUACCAGAAUUCUUGCCAAUUUGAGAAAAGAUAAAAAAGGUAAUGUAGUAAGUGAAUCUCAUAAAGUACCACACGGUGAUUGGUUCAAUUACGUUACGGCUCCUCAUCAAACAGCAGAAAUUUUGAUGUACCUUGCUCUAACAAUUUUAUUGUGGAAAAAUUUUACAUGGUUUUUUGUAUUUAUCUGGGUUCUCAGUAAUCAGAUUGAGACAAUUUUACUGACCCAUUGGUGGUACCUAGAGGAAUUCAAGGACUUUCCUAAAAAUAGAAAGGCACUAAUUCCUUUUGUGUAUUAAAAUUCUCAUUUAUUGUUACGUUUAACUAUAUGUUACAUUUUCUACAUGUUUAUUUUUUAUUAAAUAAUUUCUUUAUAAGAGA